ACAUCAUUAGCAAGAGAGGGAUUAAGCUAGGAGGUGGGGGAAGAAUAGAAUAGAAACCCCAAUGGCGCGCGUCUUGCGGUUAACCUGCUAAUCCUUCUCUUGGUUGAUUGCACCUCGCGCCGCCGCAUCCCCAGAAUCAAUCCUCCGAUUCUCAGCCGAAAUUAGUUGAGCCAAAAUUCGUGUGGGAUACGGACCGGGCAUCGAAUCGAUCGGCAAAUUUGGUUGCGGGCUUCAUCUCAUCUCACAAUUAAUUGGGGGGGGAACGCCAUCACUGGAAUCCAUGGCCCGGGACAAGCUGGUCGCAAGGAGAACCGAGAGGCGGACCCUCCUCGUGUCUCUCCAAAACCCUAGAUCCGCCGCCGAGCAUGGAGAUGCAGGACCGGGUGCCACUGCCACGGCGUCGGACUCGGAGCCGAUCGCCGUCCUCCCCCUGGACGUCCUGCUGUGGGAGAUCCUGAUCCGCCUGCCGGCCGCGGCGAUCCUCCGCUGCCGCGCGGUCUGCCGCUCCUGGCGCCGCCUCACCGCCGACCCCGGCUUCCUCCUCGCGCACCACCGCCGCCAGCAGUCGCUCCCCCUCUUCGUACUCGGCAGAUCCUACAACUGCCACACAAAUCCCGCCGGCCCGCAGCGAGGCCAACCUCUCCUCGGGUUCGAUGACUACCACCACUACGACGGCCACAAACACCGCUACCUUGGCGAUUUUGUGCUCCACGCGUCCUGCGACGGCCUCCUCCUGAUAUCAAACCGCCGGUACAACGGCCGCGCAUACCGCCGCUUCUUCAUCAUGUGCAACCUGGCCACGCGCCAGAGCGCUCCAGUCCAGGCUCUCAAAGCCGCCGAACCCGACCGCAUCAACAUCGAGGCGCUGUACCUUCACCGACCCUCCGGGCAGUACCGCGUCCUGUACUGGCGCGACAGGAAAUACCAGACCAAGGACGGCGAUAGGGUCUUCUACAUCCUCGGGGUGCCACGGGCGCGCAAACCGAGGUGCAUUGUACUUCCUGCAGCCUACCGCAUGGUGAGCACCAUGAAGGGUUAUCCUGAUUCGCGCCCGCCCGUCAUGUUCCGCGGAUGCCUUCACUGGUACCCCAGCCGCUGUUCACUUGACGGCGCAGUGGUUGUUUUCGACACCGUGGCCGAGUCAUUCAGGUCGAUGCGCCUCCCGGCUGAUGUUGCUACCGCCAGCAGCUGCUGCACUCGUUUGCACGACAUGGAAGGUUUGAUUGGCCUCAGCUGCUUCAGUGGUAGCGGUACAAUUGCCAAGGUCUGGGUGCUGGAGGACUACGAGAGGGAGGUUUGGUCACUCAAGUACAAAAUUAAUUUCUCACCGGAGAGCAUGUGUAACUUAGCAAAGACAAGCUCGCGACUGGUUGUGUCCCACGAGGGAGAUAUGCUGCUCUACAGUAAUAACUCUAUAAGCCACAUGGUUAUCUGUCAGCGCAGGUUUCUAGAGGAAUUCCAAUGGCCAUUUUGGGGCUCAAACUUGACAGGACAUUUGUUCAAAGAAAGCCUUGUCAAGCAUGCUUUCUUCCCCAAGCCAGGCAGUGCCCAUACGGUUGGACAUUAUCUUUUCACAUGUCUCUAAUUAAGGGGCAAUGUCAGAUCAAUAAACUAUUACCUACAUUACAAGGAGUACUGGGCUACAUUUUGAAGAUUGAUCUUUAUGUUCUGCACCCAUUGUGUUCAGUUAUGAACUUCUGUCUAGAGUUUAGUUGCUGCCAGACAAUGAUUUUGAACUAGUUGUGCAACAUAGAUGCAAUGCAUUGUUUUGCUCUCAUUUUUGCCCUUGAGUUAAUUUUCUUUUGGUUUAAUAUAGUAUUAGUAAUUAUUGCAGUUUUUUCAGUUUGUAUGUCCAUGUUAUGAUGUUCUACACACAUGGUUUUCAUUCAUUAAUUAUCAUGAAAUUUAUACA